AAUAAAUUUAAAUGUCUGAAGAAGGAGAGGGGGAACUAAUUCUACCCAGAGAAGACCCUGAACAUGAAAGCUUUGUAAUCAAAGAGCAGUUUGUAAAGGAACUCUGGGAAAGCUCUAGGCCUAAAAGUAUGCUUAUUGAGUUCUACCAAAAAUUAUUCAAACCUAAAAUAUUUGAAGAUGAACCUCUUGAUUAUAACAAACUUAACAUUCUUGCUGAGUUUCAGACCUACAAUCUCUUAUUUGCUAAGAAUGAGCUGCUAUUAGAUGAUAUUCAGUGCUGUUACAUUCUUCAGCUUUUCUGGAAUCUCAUUCCUAUUGGAGAGGAUGGGAAAAGAAAAGAGAAUGCUCCUAAGACCCCUCUACCAUACAAAACUUCAUUUGACAAUGAGCUAAUAGAGAGGUACCAAGAAGGAAUCUUUUCUUUGGAAGAAAUCAAAAGAAUCUCAGAGUAUUCCAAAAAGUUCUUUAAUAAUUUUAUCCUGUAUGAUUAUGUCUUCAAUAAUCCUCUGCUACUUGGUACUAAGAAGAACAUUCUAAUUCCACACGACAAACCAAGGAUAGCUCCUAAUUUGGACAAAGCAUUGACCCUUCAAACAGCUGAUGAUGAUACUGAAGAGGAAGAUGAAGGUGAAGAGAGGUUCUAA